AACUUAAGCUUAUAAGUACGACUAACCGGGGUGACAACUUCUAUGAAGCUAGGUUGGUUCGUCUCUAAGGCCUUUAUAGGCGUUCCUAGGGGUGGGGUCAGGAGGGAGCUUUUCAUUGGUUGUUAUUUGGCCCCAGAGAAGUCCAAUGAAAUCUGAAAAUUUAGGCUUGUACUGAAAACGCAAGUUUCGAGUAUGGGCCAAUGAAAAUUAAAAGUACUUUGAGACCUAAUUUGCAUAGGGCGUUCGUAAAGGGCUCAGAUCCUCUGGGUCCCUGAUUGUUUUUCUACUUACUAGACUGUUUUCUACUGUUUGCUUUCAAUCAUGCCUGAACUGGCCAAAUCUGCCCCGGCUCCCAAGAAGGGUUCCAAGAAGGCUGUCACCAAGGCGCAAAAGAAAGACGGCAAGAAGCGUAAGCGCAGCCGCAAGGAGAGCUACUCCAUCUAUGUGUACAAAGUGCUGAAGCAGGUGCAUCCGGACACGGGCAUCUCGUCCAAGGCCAUGGGCAUCAUGAACUCAUUUGUCAAUGACAUCUUCGAGCGCAUAGCAAAUGAGGCUUCUCGCCUGGCGCAUUACAACAAGCGGUCUACAAUCACAUCGCGGGAGAUCCAGACGGCGGUGCGCCUUCUACUGCCUGGAGAACUGGCUAAGCAUGCCGUGUCGGAGGGCACCAAGGCGGUCACCAAGUACACCAGCGCCAAGUAGAGGCCCCUCUGGAUGAGGCGCUCGCUGGUCCUUUUGGUCUUUAAAGGCUCUUGCGGUCAUCCGUUCAAAUCAGGAGAGAGCUUUGUCCACUUGCAUUAGUUUCUAGUUCCUAUUUCAGUUACUUUAAGGGUCUUGUAAAGGGUACACUUCAGAAGUUUUAAGCCUUUGUGGUUUUUGAGUUUCCCUGUGGGUAUCUGUUUGCGCCCUACCUAGUUUCUUGGAGUUCUUUUUAGACCAGGAUAACGGAGAUGGUUCUAGACAGUUGUGUCCCGGUCCCUUUUACUUAAAGUCGACUUAAAGUGAGAUGAUUUCCUUACCUUGGCGAUUAAAAGGGCUCCAGGACAAAGCUAAGUCUGUGUCGACGAAUGCUGGGUACCAGCUGUCUACAACUGAAACCGCUACUGUCCCUUUACUUGUGUCCCGGGCACCAGCAGUUCCGGGUCCUUAGGGCGUUGUCCCUCUAAUUUACUGCUUUACAAACGGUUGCUGCGGAUUUGGUAGGAGUGUGUUGUGGUUCUCUAUCAGGCCUUAGAAUCCCUGUUCGUGGCUUGCUUGCAUUGUUUGUUUUGUUCUGUUUUUGUUUUUGUUUUCCUUUUAAUAUUUUGCGCUAACCUCUGCAGUGCAGCUUCCCGCAAGGACACUACUGCUUUUCUCUCUGGACCCAGGAAGUGGUCUUUCUAGUCCACACAUCAGGAAUUAGCUUUUUCCUUCCUGUCAUGUCUCCACGAGAAGUUGUCUUAAGUCCCUUUGCUUUCUUGUUCGCACUGUGGCUGGUCAAGCUGGCCGGACAUGUUUAUACCUUCAGAGCCCACCAAUGAAUGCCUUAACCACAGCAGAUGCUACUUUUUAAAAUUACUUAUUGAAUUAAUUUUUGUAUGAAGGCUGGGGCAGCAGGGGCCUUGUCCAUUAGAUGUAUGUGAAAACGCGUUGGAAUGUAAAUGUUUUGGGGAUUUUUUCCCCAAAUCUGUCUUUAGUUAUAGUUACUGUAGUGGCUGUUCUUGGUUGUCACCUGAAGCAGCUGGAUUCACCUGUGUUAGAUUUUUUUUUCUUAAUUCCAUAAUUUGAAAUGAGAAGAACUGCUUUUUAUCUGGAUCUCUUCUACCUUUAAUCUGGGCCAAACCUGCUGGCAGCUUCUAUUAAGGAGAUGGAAGAAAGAAGCUUGAUUUUUUGCCUGCUUGCUCGAGAUGGCAAGUCUAGUCCUUCACUGGCAUUAGAGCCUGCUUCUUCAGGAUUCUGGCAUACACUGAAGACCAGCUGAGACAUCCAGCCUUGUGGACUGAACAACUACUGGACUAUUGGACCUUCCCUUGGUAGACAGCCAUUGUUGGACUAGCUGGACCCCAGCUUGUAAGCCAUGUGUUUGUGUUCGUGUGUGUGUGUGUGUGUGUGUGUGUGUGUGUGUGUGUGUGUAUGUUGCCAGGGCUUGGCCAUAAUAGUUUCCUUAAUUUUGCCAAUUUAGAGUAAGCUCUUGGGUGUGUGUUAUCAGGGGUUGGCCAUAAUAGUUCCCUUAAUUUUGCCAAUUUAGAGUAAGCUCUUGGAUUUGUAUUAAAUCAAGAGCUUUGGCUUUGAGGGGGAGGGACCUUUUAUUGCUCCCACCAUCCCCAUUCCUAAUUUUUCUAUCCCCUACUGAGAUGAACUUCCAAUUUACAACUGUCCUUAUCAUUUACAUUUCGGAGGGCUCUGCAGGAUAGGCUUUGGAGCGAAUAGUGAAGUUAAUAGAAGCUAAGUGGGUUGGUCCGCUGGCCGACCUGUGAGCCAACACCGCCCACUCUUGUCUCCUACCUGAGGACAGCGGCCUUGGUUUUCUUCUGUGGAGUGUAGCAUACUGAAUUUUUCCUUUGAAGUUUUGAUUUUGUGGGUGAAGAUACUUGAUGGUCUGAUCAGUUUCUCAAUUCUGCUUUAUGGUAAGGGCUAUUGGAGCUGAUUGCAGGAGCUUGGUGAAUCCAAAAGAAAAUUCCAGACAUUGUCAUGGAUGAAUAAAUUCUGUUUACUGCAUGUGCAUUUUCAAGUGGGUAGACACUGUUAUUAUCAUUAAUAAAGUUACCAAUUAGUUUCAAA